GCAGAUUAGCAUUUUCGUAAAUCGCAGGUACGUCUGGGCAGAUGGAAACAUCAACAAGCUAAACCCAAGAAGGCUGAGGAAUAGACUCAUUAUGAAAAUGUGCCCUUCCAGUCGAAGUAAUUAGCUGCAGGAUUCUUGUGUUUCUUUUUGCCGCACAAAUGUUGAUAUCCUUAGUGGUUAUUCGGCUAGAAAUCGCCGAUGACUGCAUUCCUCCAGCGAAUUUUCAGACGUACUGUGCGCCAAAUUUUGAGAAAGAGACAUCUAGAGAAACAAAAUCAUCCUACGUAUCAGUAACAAGACACCCAUCUACAAGCAAAGAAGGCACACCCCCCAAGCCUCAUUUGACAAAAGAAAAUCUUUCUAAGUGCCGUGGCUUAAGGGAACUUCUUGAUAUUUCCAUUGAAGUGCUUAACUUUAAAGACAUCAAAAAAAUGGAAAAUGAAGAAAAGGAACAGGGCUUAUUAAAAAGAGUGCCAGAAGAAAGCAAAAUAUCUGAAGAUGGUUUUCAGCAAAGCAAAGCAAAAUCUGAGCUAUCCACAAAAGAACUUGCAGCUAGCUCAGAUGCCCAUACAUUUCGACCAAUUAGAAAAAGUGAAUCAGAUGGACAUGACACUGAGGGACCAGGGCCAGCACCAGCACCAGAGAAUGCAUGGACUCGUCCCCGGAGUCACAGUCCUACAGGAAAGUCAUUAUCUACGGUGCACUUUGUUAGUGGCAAUCCAUGUGUUGAGUUAGUGAAAGGAGUACUGCAUAUCUACAAGGACAGAUGCAUCCCUGCUGCAUAUACCAUCCAUGAUCUUAUCAAGUUCACAGCUCCUCUCAAUGACUCAAUGGAGCAUAUGCAAGUGUUGAGGGGUGCCGUGCGUAAUCAGUACAUGCUUCUGAUCAGAUUUAAAGAUCAGAAAUCAGCUGACGAGUUUUACUCUUAUUUUAACAAUCGCCCAUUCAACUCCAUUGAGCCUGAUGUGUGUCAUCUGGUAUAUGUUGCUAAAGUGGAAAUCACCAAAGAAUCUGAGGGUGGCAGCCUUCCAAUACCUGGCCUUACAGAAUUACCCCACUGCCCUGUUUGCCUAGAACGAAUGGAAGAGUCAGUUGAUGGCAUUUUGACAAUUCUCUGCAAUCACUCUUUCCACAUGUCAUGUCUAGCUCAGUGGGGGGACACAAGUUGUCCUGUAUGUCGAUAUUGUCAGACGCCAGAAGAGGUUCCAGACCAGAGGUGUAUGCAAUGUGGUUCUCAAGAAAGCCUAUGGAUUUGCCUAAUUUGUGGAAGUGUAGGAUGUGGUCGCUACGUAGGACUUCAUGCUUAUAAACAUUUCCAGGAGACCAACCACACGUAUGCUAUGCAGCUGGGGUCUAACAGAGUAUGGGACUAUGCUGGAGACAAUUAUGUGCACCGUCUGGUCCAGAAUAAAUCAGAUGGCAAAUUGGUUCAGGUGGAUGAGGGAGGAAAUGUGUUCCAUGAAGAGAAGUUGAACUCUAUUACUUUAGAGUACACCUAUCUUCUUACAACACAGCUUGAGUCUCAAAGACAAUAUUUUGAAGAAAAAAUUCUUGAGGCAACCAAAGAUGCUAAUCUAAGGGUGACAGAACUGCAGGCACAGCUGGAGUCAGUGUGUGAUGAUAAAGAACAAAUGGCUUUAAAGUUGAAAGAAGCAAUGAAGGAAAAACAGUCUUUGGACAAGAAAUGCAGCAACCUUCACAAUCGACUUACCAAAGUGCUAACAGAACUUCAAGAAGAACGUGACAUGAAUAAAUGUCUUUUGGAGAACCAGCAGCUGUGGCAAAAACGUGUCACUAACCUUGAGAGCCAUGUCAAAGAUCUGUCUGCAUCUAAAGAGAAGGAAAUAGCAGAUCUUAGGGAGCAGCUGAGGGAUGUGAUGUUUUUCCUAGAAGCUCAAGAAAAGUUGGCUAACACUACAGAUGUAUCACAGGAGGAGAUUCAAGAAGGACAGGUGAUUGUUGGAGCUACAGCCAGUCCAUCUGCAGUUGGGAGGAAAGGCCAUAAAAAAAGGAGAUAGCCUUUGCUUUUGGUUUUAGACAUGAUGAAUACUAUGGUUAUCUUUCCUUGCCUAUAUAUAUAUGUUUCUAACAUGUCUGAGACUCAUUUUAUUUUCACUGUUUAGAAAAUCUAAGGUAAUCAUUGUGCAAAGACAUGUCUGGUUUUCAUUUGCCUCGCCAUUACAUGAGGCAGGCAGAUAAAUCUGAAAGGUCAGAUGUAGUAAUUUCCUGUAAAAUCUUUUGAUGCAUGUCAAAAGGAGAAGAUUGAGAAUGCUUUUAGUCUUUGAGACCUAAUAGUAAACUUAUUGAAGUCUUAGAACUAUGACAAAAUAAUGACCUCUUUCUAUGUUAUCUGUGUUAGCAUGUAUAUGCACAUUGGGCAGAUAUGUAUGUGCACCAAUGCUUAUGAGAAAGAGAAAGUAGGUGUACUUAUUUUCAUUUAUUUGUCCAGAAAAAAUGACAGGCUCAGUAGUUGUAUACUGGGUAAUUGUUUUUGACUACCAAGAAAGUUGUGAUCAGAUUAUCUUUUGUUCAUAGUCUUUCACUUGAAUAUUUUCCUGUUUCCCUCCAUCCUGCUAGUCUAUUGAACUGCCUCUAUUGCAGUGUAUAUUUUCUAAUAAAGGAUCAUUUUGCUUUUGGGAAAAAUGUUGUAUAUUCUUGUUGGAAAAGCAUGAAUGUUGUUCUCCAGGACCUGUUGAGCUUGACACUCUGACCUCUUUAAGAAAAGUUGUGUAUCAAACAUUGUUUUUUAAAACACUGAUGCACAUGUAUCUUCUAGCAUAGUCUGACUUAGCUGAAUUCAGCAAAGUUUAAGAUAAAUGUAGCGUCAAUUUUGCAUUUAUGUUUAAUUAGUGUUUUGAUUUUUAAAGGACUUGAAGUGAGAUGUGUGCAUGUGCACUACCUACUGCCAGGUUGGUUUACUUACGUCUGUUACUUCAUGUAUUAUCCGCUGGUAAAUUAAGUUGAUAUGAUGAGCCUGGUCCAGCCUCACCUUGUCCUGUGCAUCAAAAGGUUAAAAUUGAGAUUACAAAUAUCAGCUGUUUUUCAAGCCAUAUUUUUCUGAUGGUAGAAGUAAGCCAGCAAAAUAUGUAACAAGCCAGUUUUGUUUAGAAAUGUUAUUUUAAUAGAAAGCUAAACAUUUCCACAUACUUCUGUGUUUAAUUACAUUAUUAAAAGUACCCAAAAUUAUGUGGUUUUUUGAGACAAGCCAGCUUUUGCAGUUUGACUCAACACUUCUAAUAUUAAGGGAUAAGGAAAUACUGAGUGUUUGAUACAAGUUUGCUAUUACUAUGUGGAUCAUGCCUUGAAUGUAUCAGCUAUUUUGUUAAACGACCACAAUAAUUUGGAUGGACUUAAGUGUUUUGUUUUUGACUGGUCAUCCUGUUGUGCAUGUCUUAACAAUGCAGAUUGUCAUUUCAUAAAUGGCUGUUUAUUUUGAACUGAUGAUUGUGAAGUUAAAGGUAAUAUUUUGUCAAGCAAUAGAAAAACACUUUUUGCUACACUUAGACAGGUCUCAUGUUUUGCCAUUUUCAACAGAUUCUUGUCAUCAUCUCAUCUUUUUAAGCAACACUAUAACAUUCUUUGUCUCAGGAGAAAAGCUACUAUCACAUGUUCAACUCUUUUGUAAGUCUGUUAUGUUUCAAAUUUUCUUUAUUGAAUGACUUUUUAAGAUAAUUUCUGAUGAACACCUCUGUGUUUAUGAUUAUGUUGCAUAUGUUUCUCUAAAGUAUAAACCAUUCCUGUGAAAAUGCCCUGCAGUUUUGUGUGCAAUUGUUAUGUCAAGAUUGUGUAUUAAAAUAUAAUUUAUGUGUGAUGAUAAAUGAGGUAUGUUGACUGCAGAAAUCACUGGCUUCACUUGCUUAAUGAUAUAUUCUGUUAUAUCUGGGUUUUCUUUAAAACUUUUGCUGAAGUUUAUUACUGCCUGUAAGGGAAAUACUAUUCUUGAUGUCUCUGGUCUUUUUGAUGAUCAACGUUUUAUCUUAAUAUCUCUUGUAUAUAAACAUAAAAAUGUUGAUGAUUGUCAGAAACCUUAAUUUUGAUCAUAAUGUUAUAAAUACCAUAAAUAUAAAUACAAGAAAUUUUGUGCAUAAAAAGAUUUGUUUAAAGAUUUGAGGACUGCUAAAGACAGAGCAAAAACUUUUUUUUCUGUAUGUGGCAGCAGAAAAAUAGGAAUUAAAAAAUAGCCCUCUCAAUUAUAUACAUGAUUACAUAAAUGCUAAGAGAUGUUCAGUUCGCAAGGUUUUAUUCUUAUAAUGUACUGUAAGUUGUUUUUACUUGACCUGUAUAAUUUCGUUUAUUUGGCUUUGGAAAGAUUCAACCCUGCCAGUAAAAGGAUUGCUUUACCAGAAUAUUAAAGUUUUGUUAUUUAUUUACAAAUUCUAGCCAUUGUAAACGACUAUGGAAAAGGCAUAAAUGGUUUAUUAACAA